CACACUCUCUCUCUCUAACAAUUUCCAUGGCAGCUCGUUACCUUUUGGUGUCUCUCUCUCUGAUCUUACUUCUUCUGCCGUCGGCAUUCGGGAUCUCCAAUAGGAAUUCUGAGGGCUAUAGUAUAAAUGGUAAAGUUCGAUUUCCAGGAUUCAGUACGACAGGAUUUGGUCUCCCCGCCAAGGUUUCAAAUAUCAAGAUUAUACUUAAUGGUGGUGAAAAAGUUACCUUUGUGAGGCCUGAUGGAUAUUUUUCAUUUCAUAACGUGCCAGCAGGAACUCAUCUUAUUGAAGUGGCCGCCGUUGGCUACUUCUUCUCUCCUGUCCGGGUUGAUGUCAGCGCCAGACAUGCUGGUAAGGUCCAGGCAGCUCUUACAGAGAACAGGAGAUCGUUGAGUGAGCUGAUCUUGGAGCCUAUGGUAGAGGAACAGUACUUUGAGAUAAGAGAGCCAUUCAACAUACUGUCCGUGCUGAAAAGCCCAAUGGGUCUGAUGAUUGGAUUUAUGGUGAUUGUGAUGUUUUUGAUGCCCAAACUAGUGGAUCCAGAAGAGUUGAAACGAGCUCAAGAGGAAAUGGGAAGCCAAGGCGGUGUUCCAUCUCUUGCAAACUUGCUAUCUGGAGCACAGAGGACGUAACUGACACAUCUCAACGAACAAGUAUGAAGACGUCUUGUGGGUGGAGAGAGGACUCAGGCAGAAAUUCAAAUAGCUAUUUAUAGGACCUUUUGUUUUCAUUAGGAAGAAAUUUUUGCUACAUGUGAAGUUUCCCUUGUAACAUACCGUUUCUUCGACUCAAAAUUUAUGCGUUUGAAUCUGUAGGAAUGCUUAACUUUGUGCUAGCAAAGACUCAAGGAUUCAUUCAAUGGGACAAAUGCAUUUGCUUUGAUA